AUGAUGAUUAAUUCAGCUAAACCUAACAUAAAACUAGAUAAAGCUUUACAAGAUAUUGUGUACAAACUUGUACCUGGUCUCUCUUUCAAAAAGAGAUGGAGCGUCGACAACAAUUUUUACGCAUCUAGACCCGGUCCAGCAGCAUCAGCAACGCCAGAGCAAAGAGGAGAAGAUACAGAAAGAAUAAUUUUCAGUCCAGAAGAUGUAAUAUCAUUUUCUUUAGAGUAUUCUGAUGCUACUGACACAGACAGCAUAUCAAGUAAGUCAUCAGACAGUAAUGAACCACAGCCUGCAACAGCCUCCACCCGGAGAAAGGGAACACAAUUCCCAGAUAGGAAACCAAGUCCAACAUGUACAGAAGAUACCAAUGUAAGCAGUCCUAUCCCACAUAUAAAUGACAAUGGGUCUGAGGCAUCAUCUGGUACGGACAGCCCUAUGCCAGAUGAUAACUUGAAGAAACUUAGUGAUACUAUAAAAAAGGAAGCACAAAAAACUCCAAAAACAUCUUCUCCCAAAAGUACCAAUGAUAAUGCUACAUUACCGAAAGAAACUCCUAAAAAUGUCAGCACACCAGUGUCUAAGACUGAAGAAACUUUGAAAAGAAAGAUUGAACCUUCAAAAGCAAUACCAGAGAUGAAGAAAAUCAAAAUUGAAGUAGACAAAACAAAAUCACCUACUACUGAAAUAAUUGUCUUCAUUCAAACAACAAACGGAGGGUCCUGUACAGAAAAACGAAAUGUGUCAGCAGCACAGACCUUAACAUCUCCUAAAAGAAAGACUUCUGAACCAACAACAGCGGCCCAACCUUCACCUUUAGUUCAAAAGACAGUUUCACCUCUAAAACUGCAAAUACCAAAGCCAGAAGCUGUUUCUACUUUGCCCAAGCAUGUUGAUACUCCUAAAACUGUUAGCAAGAAAAUGCCAGAUUUGAAACCAAGUAUUCCUUCAAAUGCAUCAUCACAAAAAUAA